AUGCUUGGAUCUAUCUUUAGAAAAUACCCAGAGUCUACACAGUUGGGCUACUGGGGCACCCCGACCUCUACAAUCGAUUGGUGCGAGGAAAACUAUGUGGUUUCGUCGUUUGUUGCGGAAUGGUCGAAUACGGUUACCAACAGUGCGUUUGUAGCACUAGCUUUAUACGUUACAUGGUCGGCGUUUUAUCAAAAGCUGGAAAAACGGUUUAUUUUGAUCGGGCUCGGGUUAGGAACCGUAGGGGUGGGAUCUUGGCUGUUCCACAUGACGCUCCGGUACGAAUACCAGCUUUUGGACGAAUUGCCAAUGAUUUAUGCUACCUGCAUUCCUGCCUGGAGCAUUUUUUCGGAAAAACGUCAAUCCUCGCAAACUGGUCUGCUCACCAACUCGUCUUUUAUCAAGCAAACGGUGAUAGGAGUACUCGUUUUUGGAGCAGCUGCAAUUUUAACUAUAGUGUACUUGCUUUAUCGGGACCCCACGAUCCAUCAGGCCGCAUAUGCAGUGCUGAAUGUCAUCGUGGUGUUCUCAGCAGGCGGAAUGGCCGCCAAAUAUGUGCAUGAUCCCCUUGCCAAACGCAACCUGCGCAAUACCAUGGCACUCAGCAUCUCCAUUUUCUUGCUAGGGUACUUCCUAUGGCAAUUGGACGUGCAUUUCUGCUCAUUCUGGAUUUUCGUGCGCAGAAAUUUCCUGCAUCUGCCAUUGGGCAUCUUUCUAGAACUGCAUUCCUGGUGGCAUCUUCUCACAGGCUCGGGUGUCUACUUCUACAUUGUUCACCUUGAAUACCUUCGGGUUUUGACACACGGCCAUUCCCAAGACUACACAUUGUGCUGGAGAUGGAAGGUCUUUCCAGAAGUGAUCCAUUGUUCCCACACUGUCAACACCAAGUUUUCCUUGGAGUUUAUGGGUCCUUACCACAUUCCGGAGUCCAGUAUCAAAUUGGAUCGGGCCAAAAGUGAAUAG